GCGAUAACAGAGGAGUUGCACACUGUGGAUUGCGCUGGAGUUUGAAGCUAAUAUUUUUCUCAGUGUUCAUGUUUUUAUUUGGUCUUGUUUGAAUAAUGCGAGCCAAACGCGACUCAUUUAAAUCCCACAAACAGCUGAAGGGAUAGUCGACGUAUACUGGAAGAGAAAGCUCUAUUCUUACAUGCAAACGUGUGUUUCCGGAUAUUGAGCAUGUCUUUGCUUCAUGCUGUUGAUGAUGCUGUCAAGAUGUGCAAAGUGGAAGAAUCAAGGCUUACAGACACCAUCAGACAGUGCAAGGAGAUUUUACACUCGAUGAGAACACGAAAGACAGACAACAGUGAGUUGGAGACUGUAGCAGACAGAAGUGAGAAAGAUGAUAUUCUACCUGAAGAAAAACAAGAAAUUGAGCUACUGGAGCAGGUUCUAAAGAAAGCACUGAGAAUCCGCAGCACAUCUGAAGCUCACAAAGAAAUGUCCUCUGACAGUAACUUAAAAACUCUUCCUAAUAAGAGCAUAAAUAAAGCACUCAUUAAUGAUGUUAAACAUGAGGAUAAAAGAAAACCGGUGAAAACUGUCUCGUCCUCUGAGAUGUGCAGGAAUCCCAAUCAACAGAGACGAGCAGACGGACGCGACGUGACCCGUGGGGCAUUGUGGACGCGGCCUGUUUUGGUCCGGAAAGGUCCGUCUGCUCAUCCGGUUGUUAAAGGCAAGUCGGUACCAAAGAGCGCUCCGGUGAAGAUAUCUUCCACAGGAUCCCAGCAGAAGAUCAGUGUCAAAGCCACAAAUGCAAAAGAGUUAUCCGAAGAUUAUUCCACAUCGAUCUCCUACCAACAACCCUGUAAAGAAAUGUGCGCACUUGGUAAAGACAUUAAAUCCACAACAGAAACUCUGGCGUUUAAUGAACAAUGGAUACUGUCUCCUUUGUUACCAGUUUGGCGAGCACAGAGGGCAAAACAGAACAGAUUGUGGAGCAAAGUGAUAACCCAACAGUCCAAACCAGUGCCAGAGAGAACUCGCUUUACUGAAAGACUGCACACAACUUUCCCCUCAGAAUGGCCUUCUGGAUUUCAAGCAGAUAUCACAACAGACCUGGACGCGCUCACACAGCGUUGUCUGGACCUGAUACACUGCUUACACACAGAGCUACAGACCCAGGAGACUAACCAGAGCUGCCUAGCGGACUCAGAGCCAGAAUGGGAGAAGUGGAAUAAGUGUCGCCCUGGAGCUCUGUGUCCCAUCCGGAGGAGAGGGGAAUGGGGUAAUUCCUGUCUGCCGCCCAUCCUGUGUUACACCACUGAGACUGAACUCAGAGAGCUGGAGAGCCGAAGACUCAGAGUGGAGCAAUUACAGCAGGCCAUUCACCUUCAACAGGCGAUGUCCGAUUAUCAUGCAUCUUACUGGACCUCACCUGAUUCCGGUACGGAGCGGCCCAGUGCUGUGGCUCUUCGUAGCCUGUACUCACUGUUAGCUGAAGGAGGGGUUCAGUUCCCAUCACUGGUUUUGGACUCUGAGUAAAAACAUGUUGGUUAAUUCAAUGGAGUACAACAGGGAAAAUGAUUCAGAUGAACUGAUGGAAGGCAGAAUCUCUGGAACUCGCAUUCUGAGAACGGCUGUAUUCUGGAAUUUUUUUUGCUUGGAUGUUUAACGAAGCACUUCUUAUGAGUCAUGUGACCGAUCAGUAGACCUGAGAGAGUGCAGCUGUGUUAAAGUAACAUAAAUAAAGCUUCCAGCUUCCAGUCAGGAUUUAAUUUCAGUUUAAACAAAUGUGUUCAUCCUGCAUAUAAAAUCGUUUAUCUCUGAGCUGCAGAAGUUUGUUCAGCUCCCUGCUGAGUUCCUGACUGAAUUCAACUCACUUGAGCUUUAACUUACCAAAUAACAGCCAUCAGCCAUGUGUUUUUGCCAACAGAGAGCGAUGUAUUCUAUACUCUGUUCUUAAUGAAUUCCAUCAGGAAUUGAAGUUGCACUGCAUUCCGCUGUAUUUUCUGUUUGUCUUCAGGAUUCAUGUCAAAACGUGUCUUAAGACACCUGUGUUCUAUCUUGGUUUUUCAGUGCAUUUGAACGGCCCCUUACUAUACAAUUAAAUGUGCUGUAAGUGACUCUAACUUUCAACCAAUUGGCCAGUUCAAACUGAUUGGCUUGUUUUCUGAUUGGCUAAAACAGUGCAGGCCACUCCCUUGGCUCUUUUUAAUUGUUUGCAGUCAAAUUCUGUCAAAGAAAGAGGUGUGAUUUCUUACAGCACAUUUAUAAAACUUUUAGGUUGUAAAGUAAAUGACAAAUAGAAAAGGUAAGUCCAAAAGGUCCAUUAAAACUAGUAGUUACUUGUUUUCUGAAACAAUAUUAAUGCGUUUAAAAUUGUGCCAAAAUAGAUGUGUUAGUCACAGUGACUAUACAUUUUUCCACUUGGUAAGCUGAUUGUCUGUAAAUUGCUAAUGUUAGUGUGGUCGUUCAUUCAAGUCUGACCGUUCAAACCUCUGAGUCACCAGACGAGCAUAACAAAGGAGCUAUUUCUCAUUGAUUUCAUCUCGACGAGUCCCACACGGCUUUUCUCACAUCCUGAGGAGUGCAAAGCUGUCAUGAGCAGCACCGCCAAUCAAUAGAUCAUUAGAAUGAUAAAUCGAACAGGGGCGCAACGUAUCUUAAAUUCACACGUUCCACUUCAGUUGCCUGCAAUGAGGCAUGUAUGCUUGGGAAUCAACGUUGAGGAAGUUAUUUAAAGCGGUUGCAUCUCAAGCUACUUAUAAUUUAAAGUAGUUCAACUACAGUCAAGCUACCUUUUCGAGAAAGUUGUUAGCUACACUACAAUUUACUAACAAAAAGUAGCUAAUUACAUUAAAGCCAUUUAAGGGGACAAAACCUUAUAACUGUCAGAUAUUAUGUACAGUAUGUAUUUAUAUGACGCAACAACAAUAAUGAUCUCAGUUAGGGUGACAGCAUUACACACAGAACACAUUACACAAAAUGCAACUAAUUAAACUGGAAACAUUUUAAUUUCAAAUAACAAAGUUGAAAACAACGAACAGGGACAUUUGACUUAAUAUUUAGCUACAGAAAAGACAAUGUGAAAUGAUGCACAGGGACUUUAAGUUAUUUAAUAAACCAUUUCACAAAAAUGAAUCCGAGUUUAGGUUUACGAUCUUACACCGAUUGUACUUAAUAAGCCAACAACAUGUAACAUCAUGUAAACACCCUGAACGGUUGUCCUUUAAUGGGGUAUGGUCAUUAAUGGUUUCAGCAUAAACCAAUUGGCAAACAUAGUUUUUCCACCCAUUACCGCAAUUUUGCGUUGCAUGUAAACACCUUUGCUGCUGUUCUUACGUGUUUAAAAAAUGUGCGCAAGUGUUGUGCGCAUUCCUGUUUAUGUCAAAAGCACAAAAUAUCUCAAUGAUUUCAAGUCUCAUGUAAAUGCGGUUGUCUUGCAUUGUCUGAUUUUUGAAUAAGCAAAUUUAAGGUAGCUAUCUUCGUAUUGAUGUGACGGGUCUCCACCUUUGACCUGCCCCAACCAGUAGGUGGCUGAAUGUGAAAGUGUAGAUUUACAGUAAAAAAUGACUUGAAUAUUUAUCUGUUUCUCACCCACACCUAUCAUAUCACUUCUGAAGAAAUGGAUUUAACCACUGAAGUCAU